AUGCAAGGAAGCCAUCGCCUGGGUUACUUUACGGGUAGUCCUGUCAUUUACGAACGCAGCAGCACGCCGAGUUUGGCUCUCCAUGCCAUCUCCAAUUGCGGGCGGCCUGGUGACUACAACUGGGGUCUACAAUAUCACAGACCAUAUGAAAAGGGAAGAGAUGUUGUUGUCUACGUGAUGGAAGAGAACUACAGCUCUGAAGAUUUUCACCUGGCCAAUCGACUUCGUUUCCUGUCAACGACCGUGAAGGGCUCCGUUGACAAGAAAAGAGCCCAGUUGAACCCUUCUCAGGUCUUGGGUGGACACGGUGCCCAGAUCAUUUCUCUCUUGGGCGGUGAAACUUACGGUGCCGCUCAGUGCUGCAAGAUCGUGGUCGUCGAUAGGCCAAAUGAACAACACGACAAGGACUAUACCUGGGAGCUUGCUCUCGAUGUGGUGGCGCAAGACUUCACUGAGAAGAAGAGAGGCAACCCUGGUUUACACGGGGUGAUGAAUAUCAGCAGAGGCUUUCCAAACAAUCCCAAAUGUAGAAGAGCUCUUGGCCAUAUCCUCAAUGCUGGUGUUGUCGUUGUCGGCGCGGCUGGAAACAAACAGAUAGAUUUCGAUCAACUCCCUGUCACAGAUCGAGAGCUAUGGCAACUCCCAGAAGGGUUUGACGACAGGGUCAUCAUCAUCGGCUCUUUAGAUGACAAUGGCAGAAAAUCAAGUUUCUCCAACUACGGAAGAACCACCGCCAUUGCUUCCGGUGUGAUAGCCUGCAUGCUGGGAGCCGGCCAGGCCGACUACGACGACGAAAUCACGAUGCGGGACAAAGCAAUAUGCAAACGAGUCCGUGCAAGGCUUGAUGAGUGGUCACCUGUGGACGCAUCAACAGGCCUCAAGCACUUGAAAAACGCACCAGGUCUGACGUUGAUAUCGCCUCCGCCACCCGUCGGUGCGCCUGAACCAGCGAUGAUCAAACUAACACUCGACGACCAAAUCACCAAUGUGAGAGAUGCAUUGACCCGCAAGCAAAAAUCGUCAACCGCCGUAAAAGGCUCGAAAGCCGCAAAAGCGGACCACGAAGAGUGUGAAAAGUUGAGAAAAGAGUUGGCGAGGCUUCAUAAAAUUAAGGAUUCAGGAGUUGCGUCUUCGGCGGAUGUUUUCAUUCCAUUGGCUCCUGUCGGAAGAUAG